GCUCCAAGAUUAUAUUUGUGUAUUAAUAACGAGUUACACCAUGCUUACCCCCGAGAAUCUUUACAUUCCCGCUGGCAAUGGGGCAAUUGAUAUACCCGAUGUAAAAAUAUAUUUACUGCCCCAGCUCACCAUCUGGUUAAACAAUGCAUCAUUGCACCUGUGCCGACAAUCGAGCACGACCCAGGACUAUCUCCAUUGAAAUAUUGGGCCAGACCCGUCCGGCUUCUGUCGCUAAACAAUUGUGCUAUGGCCCGCCAACAAUUCCUCCCUUCGAGCUCGGCUUCCCUCGAUGAUUUAUUGUACCCAGACCUAGUGCCCAACCAGUUAUCGCUCUCAGGCUCCGCCCUUUUCCCGGUGCCCGGGCCCACUAUUACCACGGCUCCCGGCGCUGGUCUUUGCCACCCCUCCGGUUCUGUCACAACCCGGAAUGAAGUCUAUAUCCGUGACAGUUCCCAGCGCCCGGGCUCGUUAUCGAUCCUCGUCCCCGACUCCCGGGCUUCACCCUCCUCCUGGCACCUAGGCCGACUAUUGCGCCCGAGGCCUGAUAUCUCUCCCGGUCACCGGCUCACGAGCUCCAUCCUCCUCCCCCAUUAUUGCCCGGCUCUCGGAGCUGGGCCUUCGCCUCUCGUCCGGUGCCCAGUGUCCGGGCCCGCUAUUUCCCCGACUCUCGGUUGUGGGUCUUCUCUUCUCCUCUGGUUCCCGGCGCCCGGGCUCGAUAUUGCCCCCAAAUCCCAGCGCCUAGGCCCAAAAUUGCCUUUCACUCCUGGUACCCGCUUGCGCACUACUGUUCCCGGCGCCCGGCACCCAAAUCCACAAAGACUCCCCCUCAUUGAUCUAUGGCUUCCUCUCCCCCUGUACAUGUGUCAUGCCCUCUCUUCAAUCAAUCUCUAUGUGGCAAGGGUGAUCCCAUUAGGCAAAAACAUGGUUGACAUGUGUACAACCAUGUGGCGGGCACAUGUGGGCAUAGAUGACACAUGUCUAGUGACGUGUCCUUCUUUCAUCUCCGACACCGACACCCGUCCUCCCGUUGUCCCUCAGGUAGGUACUAUUUAACUUGCUCAUGCUCUCCAGUGGAAGGUAAGGCAAGAGACCCGGGAAAGUACCAUGAUAGUGCCCGCCUUAAUCAGUGACUCUCAUCUCCCGGACUCACCUCGUGCAAACACCUUGUAAACUGUUCAAUCCCCGACAUAAGGGUCUAACUUGAGUGUCGGCUGGCGAGUCUUUUUUUGAAGGAAGCGAUCAGAGGCAACAUCACGAAGUAUGGUUACGAUAAAGGGACACUUUAAAU